AUGGACCGCAGUACUCUCGAGGAGUAUAGAAUCACCUAUGUCGAGGAAAUCCUUCCUUUCCAAAAUGAAACUGCCGAUGGAAAGGAGGCGCCUGUGAAAUUGCCAGCUCACGUUGAGUCUUUAAGGGAGGCGCUUUUAUACUUUGGCCCUCUUCUUCCUGAGAAUCGCAAGGCAUUCUUCGAAAAAGAAGGCAAGCAGUAUGCGAGUACAUCCCCAGGCUGGAUGGAAAGCGGUUACAGCCUAGACCACCCCGGGCAGCUUAUUUUCCGAUGCCUCAACCUGGCUCAAAAACUCUAG